GCGUACCCGGGAUACCGAGCUCCGAUUGGUCGGUGCACAGCGACGGGGAUCACGUGAUCGAGAAAACCGCGCUUCGAGAAUAGAGAAGAGGCAGAAAGAGAAAGGGAGCGAGAGAAAGAGAGAGAGUCGUCGUUGCGGCCCCGGCACGUCCGGAUCGGGCACAAGAAGAACAGGAAGUAGAGAAAGAGCUGCGGAGAAAAACUACUCGGGAGGGACACGCGCGGUGCGGUGCCCUCCACAAUACCAGUAACACGAAAACUUUGUACCACUUGUAUCCGCGCGCAUGUACGUCAAUCCGGAAGGAUAAAACGAAGAGUGAGAUAAAACUGGAUAAAGAACGUACAAAACAUCGCUAACGUAGAAGGGGGAGGACGGGAAUAGAAGAAGAUGAACCGGCGUAAAAAGCAAUAAGACAUAAGCGGAGUAGGGAGCUGGUGGAAUCUCACAUCGUGGAGAACAGUUCUUGCAUAUAUUUUUCAUUUGACUCCCUCUACUUCGUCAUUGCCCACCACGACUGCUGCCACCACCACCACCACCACUGAAAAUCUGACAGCUCCGUCCUUUUCCAUUCUUCGAGCCACGCGUGCCUCGCCUUCUUCUAAUCCUCUUAGGCAGUAUCGUGCCUGCACCUUUACGAACCGGAAACCCACUGCAUCGUCGAUGCUUCGUCUCACGUAACGGCCUCCGAAAUUUUCUUUCCUUUCCAUCAGUUCUACCGUUCUCAUGGUGACUUUCUUUCUCGGAAUCUCCGUUUCUAUCCCUUUCUUCAUGGUUCCUCUCGAACCAGUUACUUCUUCGUCUAGUGCUCCAGUCUAGAGCCAAGUCUCAUUCAGUUCCCACCUCCACAAUACGCCUCCUCUACCUCCGACUUCCUUUCUUUUCCUCCUCCUCCAUCCUCUACCGCCGGUGUCCUCCUUCACUUCGCGUACGCCACUCGCCGGGUUCCGGCCGAUCGGAGUGACAGUGCCUGCCCCCGGAAUCGCGCGCGCACAUCACCAUCCUUCCAAAAUAAUCAUCGUAUCUUGUGUAUCCGGCGACUGAAUUUUAACUGUAACGAUAACAAUCGUUACUUUAUCAGUGCUAUUUCGUGAUAACGAUUUUAUUCCAAGUUCCGUUGGUUCAUUCGUGUUCUCACGCUUUCGAGGAUUCUAUUGGACGCCGUAAAUUUAAGUGUGACAAGUUGAUGAUGAUUUAAUGAUUUUUGUGAUGACAAGUGAGUGCACAAGUAGGAUCAUCAAGUGCGCGUCGAUAAAAGUGAUGAUAAAUCAAGAUUCAAAUUUACUCUCAAUUUUAACUGUAAACGUAUAAUAAUUGCAUACAUGCGCGAUCACGAUUCGAAGAAGAGACUCCUUCUCGAGGGAAACAGUUUGGAGGGUUCUGAUGCGAAAUAAACAACAAUCGAGGGACGCUCAAGGGGAAAGUGAUAAUCGUCUUCAAGUGCAUCAGGCUACGGUGGGUUUGAGGUUGGCAGAGUUAGGCUGCUUCGUUGAGUGCGAGGAGGACGAGCAGCCUGAUAAAACGAGGCCGACGACACCCGUCCUGGCGAACGACGGGUGCUCCGGUGCAACCGGAGUCGGUGGCGGCUUCUGGCUGGCCUCGGUCGCCGCGGGGGCUGGUACCGGAGCCGGCCUGCCACAGCACGGGUCUCAUCCAACGAUGGACCCGAGCUGCGGCCCCGCCGAAACCGGCUUUAUCAAUAGCCAGCCCUCGAUGGCCGAGUUCAUGACGGCGUUGCCUCAGCUCGCGGGCGACGGUCCGCUCCAACAUUCACCGGGAGCUGGUGGACCCAUGAGUCCGGGUACUCAUCACCCUGGCUAUCAUACGAUGAUGGAUCCGCACGCAGUUGCGGAUCCAUCCGGUGUCAAUGUCCCGGAGUAUCCUUGGAUGAAGGAGAAGAAAACAACGAGGAAAAGCAACCAACAAGAAAAUGGCUUACCGAGACGAUUGCGAACUGCCUACACGAAUACGCAACUGUUGGAACUGGAGAAGGAGUUUCACUUCAACAAAUAUCUUUGUCGACCUCGAAGAAUAGAGAUAGCAGCCUCGUUGGAUCUGACGGAAAGGCAGGUGAAAGUGUGGUUUCAAAAUCGUCGUAUGAAGCACAAGAGACAAACGCUCUCGAAGGAGGAUGGUGACGAAAAAGAUGGCACGUCCUCCGACGGUGUUGAGAAGAGCAAGAGUGACAAGCUGCUGUCGAUGGACGAGGAUGAGAAGAAGAGCUGCCACAACUGUGAUAUUUCGGGAGUUGGGGACGUGGGUAGCUCUCUGGGUGAGAUAACCGAUCUUGGUGCUGGUCGCACCGGGAGCAGCAGCAACAACAAUAACAACACGCCAUCGGCAACGAACAACAACAACAACAACAACAACAACAAUAGCAGCGUGGGAUUCAGCACGAAUAGCAAUGGCGCGAGUAGCGUCGGUAGUACGAACAGUGUCUCGAGUUCAUUCGAAAAAAUGAUUGCCGACGAGGAUUCAAGGUCUCAGGACGGCAGUGAAGUUACCUCGCCGAGUAUAAAUUGCAAAAAAAUUGGCGUCGCCAAUGAGGUAAGAGUGAAGAUCGAAGCCGGACACAAAAGUCCAAAUCCGCCGAAGCACCAGAUAACCGUGAGUAAGAAGUCGCCUCCCUCGAGCAACAAAGAACUGUGUGCCGUUACGAGCAACGGUGUGCUUCUGGCGAUGCCAGAUUCAACGGUCAGCACCCCAGCUCUGCCGGGCCAAGCAUCUUCGCGCAGCUUAACUCCGUCCUCGACACCAGGAACCCCGGUGUCGGUCCAGUUGCAACAGGGUAGUCCGCUCGGCAUUCAGCCCCCUGGCCACGUUGGCUACAUGCAGAGACCGAGAAGUUCGCCGUCCUCGACGAGUUCGGUACCCGGUGCGAUGACUGGUGCGAUGAUCCAUCCGCAGGUUGCCAACCCCCCGGCGAUGCCAUCCCACUCUGCCAGAAAUAUUCCCUCCACUGCUCAGCCUCACUUUAACCAACAGCAGCAGAACGUGUAUCAUCAAGGAACCACGAAUCUCGAUUAUAGGAACGGGCUCCCAAUGAACACCAGGCAAAAUGUCGCGGCCGCGAAUCAGCAACACAAUCAGUCCCAGAAUGCGUACUGCUCGAGAGACAUCGCCGGUUAUCAGCAACGAAUAGCGUACAGCAACGAGAUGCACCCGCUGUACAACAGACAGAGUCAGGCGGUGCCUUCGAGGGUUUCUCAUCACGCUAGAACGGCGAGUUCGUCCUCGGCAAGGCCCGUUUACAAUGCCAACUCGAUGCAAUUUCACCAGCAACAGACCCAAUACCCCAAUACGGAGUACAACGGAUAUCAAUCCCAAGGAGGAUCUAAUCCGGUGUCCUAUCACGCUUCAUAUCACGCUAGAAAUAUGCAGCAGAGUUCUAGCAUUCCCUACCCGAGCACAGGACAGCAUCAGCAGCAGCAGCAGCAGCAGCAGAGUUAUUCCUCGAAUCCACAAACCGAUGGAGCUGCCACGGAUGGCUACAUGUCGAGCGGUGGUUACGGAUAUCCAGGGAGUGGCACGUAUCACGCGACCGGUGACAAUCUCGUAGCUCAGCACGGGCACACCGCGGUCUCGUUGCAGCCUGGACAACAGCAGCAGCAGCACUAUUACAACGAAAUGCAGCAGCCGCAUCAACAAACGCAGCAGCAUCACGGAAGCGAGAGCUACGUUUCGCAUCAGGCUUCUUUACACACGAAUUCCGGUGACUACAGAACAACCGGCAAGUGUCACACGAAUCAUUACUACGAUCAAACUUCACAACUGCAUGUUCAUCAAGGUGGCGAAGCUUCGAGCAUUCCAACGGCCUAUGUCUCAUCUCCCGAUCCCUUUCCGGCACCCGGAAUGACUACAACAGCCACCGCAAUAGCCGCUGCGACAGCAGCCGUCAUUACACCUCCGGAUAGCACCGGUCAGGCCGAAACGAAUACCGAGACUUACACGAAUUUCGCCAAUUACUACACCGACCCCCAUCAACAGUCUCACAACGCUUCAGCCCACCAAGCCUCUGCCGACAACAGCAACAGCUCCUCGGAAUUCAACUUCCUCAGCAAUCUCGCAAACGACUUUGCCCCUGAGUAUUAUCAGCUCAGUUGAGUACAGCCUGACACCGAGUGCAACGGACUGAUCGAUUGGAACGAGGAACAAUACCUGCUCAACGAACUCUACUGAUGGCACAACUCGCGAGCUCAGGCCCGAGUCACCGGACGCGAACAUUCGUCAUAAUUCGUCAGCCUGCCGAACGCUCUUCAACUUUCAACUUUGUCGCCGAACUUUGGUUGAGUUUAAACGGGAAAAAUUAAAGUGCAAUCUAAACAUACUUUAACGUAAAUGUACACUUAUAAGAUUUUGUUGAUUAAAGGGCGACUGUGAAGUGUUCAGAGGAUUGAUGAACAGUGGUGAUGGUUCAUCGAACGAGAUAGGACAAAGUGACUUUGUAUCGUCGGACUGUGCUGCAUCUUCUUCAACGAUACAACGGUUGUAUAUUAUUAUUACUCGGAUUAUAUAAAAUGGAGGGAAAUAGAUUUUAAGAUAGAAAUGAAAUGAAUGCGACAGCCGAUUUAAUAUUGACGUGUUAUAUGUUGCGACUCGUGCCCUCCUCAAACGAAUUCUAUCAAUUUUCUACACAUUUCGUUUGUCAUCGUUGUCAAAUGAUUUUCCGCGUCUCUUCGCCAUACGAGUUACACGGGAUUAUUGAAUUGAAAUACACACGGACAACAAUAUUGAAUCGUCGAGUGGCACACGUAGACGCUGCGAACCGUCGUACUGUUUAUACAUACAUACACACUGUAAUGAAGGUUCCUUGUACAUAUAUACGUAAAUAUUUCGUGUACACGAGUACGCUGAGCGGUUAAUCGUAUUGCAGAUAAAUAAUAUGUUUGUUCAUCCAAGAUACUGUAUGUAAAAAAAACGUAAGCACGUCAUAGGCGAGCGAUAAGUGGCUUGGAGAAUCUUAAAAACAUUAAGACGACUAAAAUCUCAUCGCACGUGUAUAUUUGUUGACUGACACACUCGUUCACACAUGACUGUCCUCAUCGAAAAACACUAACAUAACACACACAUGGGACACAUAGACACACACACACACACACGUAAGAGACAGGCUCUUGUCAAAUACAAAAUUAUUAGAGAAACUCGAAA